CGGAGUUGUCAGACGCGCGCCUCCGUUCUUCAUUGUGGAUUACAUAGUAUGUACAUUUGCGCACAUGUAUUAGGCUAAAGAGAUGUUUACGAUGUAGCCUAACAUAUGCUGGUUUCAAGGUAACCUAAUAGCGUUAAUCUCUAGAACACACACACAGAAAUACAGAACGCAUCGAGGAAGGAGCCAGGCGCUCAGAUGAACGUGGUACCUUCAGGCAUUUGGAAAUUGCUCCCAAGGAUGAACCAGACUUGUGGAGGUGUGAGGUCUUGGCUGAUUUCUUUUGAUUUUCCCAUGAUGUCAAGCAAAGAGGCACUGAGUUUGAAGACGGAGUUGCUUGCUUUAGCAGAACCAACAGUGGAGUCGACCAUGGGGAUGCAAGAGGACUUAGCAGUGACCAGGACAGUGAACUUAUCGACAGUCGUCAACAGAACCUUCCUGGACUCGGACUUCCGCUACACCCUCUUCCCAGUGUUUUACGGUGUUUUGUUCGUCCUUGGUCUGAUAGCCAACAGUUACGUGCUGUUCGUGCUGCAGCGCCUGCGCAACGCCAAGGCCAUGAGCGAGAUCCGCAUCUACAUGACCAACCUGACUGUGGCCGACCUCCUCUUCGUGUGCGCCCUCCCCUUCUGGAUUGGCUACUACCACCACCGCGGUGACUGGCUCUACGGCGACUUCCUGUGCCGCAUCACCGGUGUGUUCUUCUUCAUCAACACCUACUGCUCCAUCCUCUUCCUCGCCGCCAUCAGCGUCAACCGUUACUGGGCCAUCACGCGCCCGCUGGCUGCCGCCUCGUCCGACUGUUGGCGCCGCGGGGUGGCCAUCACGGCGGUCAUCUGGGUGCUCACUCUGUCAAUGUCCGUGCCGUACCUCUUGGAGACGGGCAUCCAGGUGGACGAGGGCAACGUGUCGCGCUGCUUUGAGGGCUACCACGACAAGACUGACGACGAGAAGCGGAGCGUGGCCACCACCCACCUCAUCAUCGUGGGGUGCUUUGUCUUGGUCUUCUUCCUCGUAGUAGUCUGUAACCUGCUCAUUGCCCAUGCCCUGCUUGCCCAGUCCCCUACCCAGACUCGGGGCUCCAGUUCUUCCCAGCCCCGGGGGGUGAAGGGCCAGGCCCUGCAGAUGCUGUGUGCCGUGGUGGGGGUGUUCGUGGUGUGCUUCCUCCCCCACCACGUGGUCCAGGGCCCCUGGACUCUGGCUGUACUGGAGAUCAAGGAGGGCUGGGGCAGAAUGGACUGGGGCCAGCGGACCAGGCAGAGGCUUAACGACACCCACCAGGUCACCUUGAUGCUGAUGGGGCUCAACUGCCUCCUGGACCCUGUGGUGUACUGCUUCGCCACCAGGAAAUUCCGCCUAUACAUCAAGGACCAUCUGAAACAGGUGGGGAGGGGCAAAAGAUGCUCGGAAACAGCCAUCACACACAUUUCUAUGGUGGAGGGCAAGAAUGUGAGCCAGCGGCUCCAUAGCAAACAGCAGCAGUUGAAGGUUUAAAUCUCUAGAUGACAUUGGUAUUGUAGAUAUUGUGGCUAAUGCUAAUACUGACUGUUGUUAGUAACCACAUCCUCAGGAUGCUUCAUUCCAUCACACCCACACCUAACAAUGCACACAUAGUGCAGAACAUGCACUCUGCUAUGUAGCCUCAUGUGAUUUCAGACACAUUCACAUGAACAGAUGCACCACCACACAGCCCCACCCAGAGUAUGGUUCCCUCUAGAUCUCUUCCCUGUAGGGAUUUCUCCUGGCCACUGCCAGCUAUAAUCAGUGCUUUAAAGAAUCUUUGGACCAUUGAUUCUUUGUUUUCACAUUUCACUUGUACUGUACAUUUUAUCUCACAACGUAUCUUACACUUUGUUAUUGUGACAGACUUGCGACUUCAAUUUCAUCACGUCUGUUUCUUCAUGUUUUUCUAGUGUAAUCAGAGGAGAAAAUCAGAUGUUUUAUUGGGAACUGGAGCUUCUAUUGUCACGUCCUUACCAGUAUAAGGGGUUAUUGGUUAUUGUAGUUUGGUCAGGACGUGGCAGGGGGUGUUUGUUUUAUGUGGUUCGGGGUUUAAUGGGAUAUGUAUUUAUGUAAGAGGGGUGUUUGAUUUAUGUGUUCUGGGGUUUUUGGGUAAUGUUCUUGUUU